AGAAAAUUCAAACGUAUUAUUAACUUUAUAAUUAUGCACCUCAACGAAGGAGGGAUCCCUAUUUCAGUAUAUUCUAAACGCUUGAACAAUGAAGCAGACCGCACUCCGUGAAGCUCUGCCGCAAACAAAAGUGUCGAGGAAGUCCUUGAGAAGAAAAGCUUUCCAGGCACCCCUUUGAACAAAAGAAUGGUAUGUAAAGCAGACCACACAGAAGAACAAACAGAAAGAAAAUCACCCCUCGUUUCCUUCAAAUACGUUCGCGGGAAAAGAAAGAAAAGUUUUCAGUAGAUUUUGAGGAAGGAAAGAGAGUGCGGCGGCGGUAAGAAGAGCUUCGUCUGUACGCCGCCAGUCGUAGGGCGCACGCUCAGAAGAGCAGACGAAGCAUUCGGAGCAGACGAGCGCGUCUUAUCGUAAAGUCAAAACCUAAAGUUCCGCGGUCGCGGCGCUUUCCAAAGCGCAUUUUGUUUCCACUUAGAUCACUCAUAGGUUCAUUCAACUUACCGUGCCGCAAAAAACAACAACAUCACAAGUGAGUUUGCACAAACCGGAGCUCAAACCUUCCCGCAAGAUGACAUCGCCAUCGACAUACGACAAAUUGAAGAUGGCGGCCGUGGACCAAGGUUUGUUUCUGAUUCAAGACCUUUUGGAGCGCUUAAGACGCGUCGAGAGCAUCCUCGCAAUCGUCGGGCUCUUCUACGUCGGCAAGACAGCGUCGGCGGUGACCGUGCGGCUGCUCGAGGGCUUCAGGGUCCACAUCCUUUCCCAGUUCCGCUGGCACGACUUGACGCGCUACGGAGAAUGGGCGGUUGUGACGGGAGGCACGGAUGGCAUUGGGCGGCAGUAUGCCAGGGAACUUGCGAAGCGGGGGCUCAACAUCAUCCUCAUCAGCCGCAACAUGGACAAGCUGCGGGCGACUGCACAGGAGUUGGAGGUGGACUUCAGGGUGAGGACCCACGUGAUCCAGGCUGACCUGAGCGAGGGGCGCCACAUCUAUCCGGAGAUUGGCAGGCAGCUCGAGGGCAAGGAGAUCGGCAUCCUGAUCAACAAUGCAGGCGUCAUGUACGACUCUCCCAGCCUCUUCCUGAACGUCCCGGAGAAGAAACUGGUGGAGAGUGUGAACAUCAACAUGAUGGCCGUCAUGAUGAUGACCUACCUGGUGCUUCCACAGAUGGUUGAAAGGAAAAAGGGGGUCAUCGUGAACAUCUCGUCCAUCUCUUCCUUCUACCCCCUGCCCCUCAUGGCCGUCUACUCCGCCUCCAAGGUGUUUGUGGACUGGUUCUCCAUGGCCCUGGACUACGAGUACAAGAGCAAGGGCAUCAUAGUGCAGAGCCUGAUCCCCUCGUACAUCUCGACCAAGCUGGUGCGCUUCAGCAACUUCCUCAGCACGCCCAGCCUGGUGGUGCCGGACGCCCAGACCUUCGUGCGCAGCUCCCUCCAGACCAUCGGCGUCUCCAAGCGCACCACGGGCUUCUGGACCCACGGGAUACAGUACUGGAUGUACGAACACACUCCGCAGUGGGCCUGGAACCUUUCUUCGUGGAUGAUGUUCAAGGCGAUCGACAACACGCCCAAACCCAAGUCACAGUGAUCCGGCGAAACGUUCCGCCCGUGGCGUGGGACGUCCCUUGCAUCGUCUAUUUAUACCUUAACCACAGGCAGCUCGCAAUCUUUUGAUGCCAUAGACGCCAUGACGCCGUCGGACGUGUGGCUGUUACAAGAUUGGCGUCGAUUGAUGCGCACAAAACUAAGAAUAAACGCUCGAUUUUACUUUUGUA